AUGCCGAGCCAUAACUAUAAUAAAAACUAUUGCAACGAAAAAAUUGUUUGCCCAAACCUAUCCACAUUGGCAUUGUCCAGAAAUGCUUUGGAUACAGUCGAAGAAUUUGCGGUCUUAUUCAAUAAAUUACGUAUAUUGUAUUUGAGCUACAAUAAGAUUGGAAAGCUAAAUGGAUUAGGUGAUUUACAAAAUUUAUCUCGUUUACACUUGCGAGGUAAUCAAAUAUCGGACUUGGAUGGUUUUACUGAUAAUUUGAAGUAUUUGUCGUACUUAAACUUGAGGGAGAACCGCUUAAGCGACGUAAAAGAGCUCAACAAAUUGACGUGUCUGAAAUCAUUAAAAACGCUAGUGGUGUCGGAUAACGAUUUCAGCAAAAUUUCGAUUAGAUCGAAGGUUCUGAAAUUGUUACCAUGGCUGGAGAGAGUUGAUAAGGAGACGGUUAGCAAAGCUGAGCGUGAAUUGGAAAAAUCCGAUGAAAAUCCACAAGAGUACGAGGAAGAGGAAGAUCAGGAAGACGAGGAGGAAAAAUAA